ACGACGCACGAAGCCCCGAUAAAUCGGGGAUCUCCGAUCCGGGAACGGGCAGUUGGCGCAGCUGGUUCGUGGUGUAAUACAUCGGGCAACGUCGGAGCGAUCCUGAUCGGCGCACGUGUUCACGCAACGAGACGCCGCCGAUGCGCAGUUUGAAAUCGUUGUGCAAAUGAUUAAGUCAGUGUCAUCGAGCUCGACCAACAGACAGAAAAGACAAUAUUCAGCGUAACAUGAGUUCCGCAGAAACGACUUGUUGAUGACGUUAUGGGGUGGAUCUUCCUUGCCAGUACUUUACUCUUCUGCUUAUGCGCGGCGGGAUUGCCGUUGCCACAAGGAGGUGGCGGGGCGGGGGGCCAUGGACAGCCGCAGGCUGGAUCGCCGAGCACCCCGGGCCCCGGCGGUGGCACAGCUGGCAGUGGCGCGAGCAGCACUCUUGGCGCCGCUGGCGGCGGUGCCUCUGGCUCUGGCACUGGCGCCGUCGGUGGAACCGGCGGUGGGGCCGGCGGCGGUGCCGCCGGCGGCGGCCCAGUUUGGUCUACGGGCCCGGCUCGUCGGGGCCGAGGGUGGCGCGACUGGCGCCGCGGCGACCCCACGCUGAUCAAGGGACUCUGGCAGUCGAGGGGACCGCUAGAUUCUUUAGGAAAGGCGGAGGUGUACAUCUUCUUAGCGCUGCUGAUCGGUUUCGUGACGGUGGUGGUGGGCUGUUGGCUGUCGGACAACUGUUGGUCCCCGGAGCCGGAAGGAGUGGUCACCCUGGCAUAGCCUAGUGCAGACUUCCGUUCGUCCAGGCGAUAACAACUAGUACGCGGGCCCACCUACAGGAUUUUCCAGAACUCGGUUCAGCAGAAUCGACGACCGUUGCUGGACAUCAACGACAACCACACGAUGCUUCCACCCGUGUGAACGACGCCGCCUUAUGCAUAGAAGGGAAAAGAAAAAAAAGAAAGAGAGAGAAGAAAGGAAGGAGACACCUUUUGCCAUUAGACUAUGGUUCGCCGCCAUUACGUGCGCCGUGCGGCCGAUCGAAUAUCGCCCGGUCCCAUAAUAUCGUAUAAUGUCGCGGUUUCGCCACCGACGAAGGUACUCGACCGUAAAUCCAAACGUUCAUCGAAAUAUCGACAUGCACCGCGGAGGUUGAACCGGGGCUGUGCCGUGAACCUAAAAACGGAUUACCGAUUGCGCCGACGUCUUUUUUUUUCCUUUUUCUUUCCUUUCUUCUUUUUCUCUAAUUCGCUGUCGUUUCGUCGUGAGUUUUCUCUCUCGACAGAGAAACGUCGAUGGUUCGUCGCGGCGGAAUGAUUCCAUUCGGUAAUUAUUCGGAGUUGCAAAAAUUGAUAGUUGCCAAACUAACUGAUCGUCGAGCGAUUCUUUUCCUACGAAUUUUGAGACAAACACUUGCGGAGAACCUCGGUUGAAUUUGAGGAAUGAGAGUGUAUUGCGUUGCGACGUAGGAUAUUUUUAUACAGUCUAAAAUUAGUCUUUGAUACGGCGAUUGCCACGUUACUGGUUCUGAGAACAAGCUUUCGCGCACGUAUUUCAAAAGUGGCGCAACUGAAGCGAAUCGUCCAGGAAACGUGAAAAAAAAAAAAAAUUAUUCGGAAGUAUCGUUGUUAGACGCACGAUGCUUUUUCCUUUUUUCCUUUAGUAAGAACAAGCUCUAGGUGGGGGAAAAAAUCGCCCUUUCAGACCUGGCCCUGAUAAUUUCAACGUUCUAUUUUCACUUGUGACACUUUCCAAAUACAUGCUCGAUAUCGAAUUGCUCCACUUUGUUCUAAUCUUAGUUACGCUCAAUUAAAACCACUUAAAACUACAAGUGGAAGGAUCAUCUUGAAAUGAUCUUGGCAACAUCUCGUUUCAACGUCGUCGAAACGAGACCAGGCGGUGUCGUAUAUUCUGAAUAAUUAUCGAAAGUUUUAUAAGACGAAAGGUGGAGAACCGGAGGUGGCAAUUAGCGAAAUUGGAGAGCAGGCGGCGGGGAACUACGGCCGAAUUUGGUGAACGCGCACGCUCAUCAGUGAGCUAUAAUUCGCUCGUUAACGCGAUCCACGCUCGAUUGUCGUCGAGUAGGGACGCGGCAAUAUUCGGGCGUAGUUCCAUCGUGAGUUCGAGCUUCCGGUUGGAGGGAUUCUCGCGGAUUAGCUGGCUAAUUCGCGGGCUUGUUCAAUGGUCGGUCGAGAUGUAUAGAUGGUGGUGAGAAUUUGCAAUAGAGAUUCCCGAAAGAGGAAUUGAUUAUGCUUAAUUUCAGGGAUGGCAAAGGGUUUCCUGUGCACGGUGGUUCAACGUGCACGCUUUUUAUGGGUAUGGUAAGAUUUAUGCGGUUGCCGUUACGCGAUUUCAAGGGAUUUGUUGCGCAAAGGAAGGGAGGCUUUCGGUCGAUUCAUUUUCUCUCUUCAGAACGACGAUCGUGCGUUGAAAUGUGGAGUGUCAGAUAGGGUGGCCCCGAAGAACAUCGAGGAAUCACAGUCACAACGAUUCAACGAUCGAAUCGAACGUGUCUGGAUUCUUAUAUAUUAGGAUACUCGUACGCGCCAUUUGGAUAGAUAAUAAUCGUUCGAAUAGUACAAAUACUCAGGAUGAAAUCUAAUCUUAAUUAGAAUUUUCGUUGCGAUUUGUAAAAUUAAGAAUCGCCGAGUAUGUAUGUUGAAAAAAAUGCAUU